AUGUGUGGAUGGUCGAUGGCAGAAUUAUGUGGCACGAGGGUGACAGAAUCCAUUCCAACUGCAUAUCCAACCGCCACCACCAGUCACCCUACCGCCACCAGUCAUCCAGCUGCCGCCAAUCAUCCAACCACUGCCAAUCAUCUAACCGCCACCACCAGUCAUCCAGCCACCGCAAAUCAUCUAACUGCCACCAAUCAUCCAACCGCCGCCACCAGUCAUCCAACUGCUGCCACCAGACACCCACCACCGCCAGUCACCCCACUGACAGCAGCCAUCCCACCAUCAACAAUCAACCCACCAAGGCUGGCAAUCAUCCCACCAGCUGAGGCCAAGACAGCUUCAAUUUGGCAGUAG